GAACUCAAGCCGCUGGUGAUGUUCAAGUGCAGUCAGUCAGUUAAUCAACACACGAGAUGUUGCAUUUCAGGAAGCAAUUAUUAAUUUGUUCAUUGCUGAUAACAGCUUUAGUGCAAACACCAACUAUUUCGGCAAAUCGCUAUGAACGUAGUGCGAAUGAUGCGGAUUUCAUGACCAUCAUAGUGGACGAAACAAUGCGUAAUUUGGUGAAGCAAUGCAACAAAAGCGUAAGAGCGGAGGCGCAAACAAGUGAACUGCAACAAGAUCAAGAAAUGCCCGUGACAAUGAAACAGUUGGGCGAUCUAAUGCAGAAAACCGUAAGCUCACUGAGCGACACCUUUACGAAGCGUCUGCUGUUGCGCUUUCCCAAGACCUGCGCGGAUAUACUGCCGCCGGGUGUGCGUGAUCGCGACGAUGUCUACAGCUUACACAUUUCCGGCUAUACGCCGAUCAACGUCUACUGUUUGUCCGAUGUGGAUGGGGGUUGCCCCUGGACCGUUGUGCACAGGCGUCAAGACAAGGAUACCGAAUUCAAUCUCAGAUGGCCUGACUACAAGGCGGGUUUCGGCGAUCCUUAUAAGAGUUUCUUUGUCGGCAUGCAAUCGCUUUUUUGGCUGACGAGCGAUGAGCCGCAGGAGUUACGCAUUGUCAUGCGUUUGAAUAGCGAUAGUGUGGAUGAGAUUGCGAACUAUGAUCAUUUCGCUAUUGGCGAUGAGGGUGAACAGUAUGCCUUGAAAAUGGUGGGGAAAUUCAGCGGUAAUGCGUCGGAUGAGCUGAGUAAGUUGAUUGGUUACAAAUUUCGUACGAGAGAUCGCGUGGGAUAUUGUAUUGGCAAGGAGAAGGUUGGCGGCUGGUGGAAGGAGGGUUGCGCUAAGAGUAAGUUAAAUGGCAUGUAUGCGCCAACGAAGUGGGAGGUAAAGCAGCAGGUUGGCAUUAUAUGGGAUAAUAAGACCACAUUGGGCAUGAACUAUUCGCUGGAGUAUGUGCAUAUGGCGAUACGACCAAAAUAUUGCCUCAAGAUCAAAACGGAGUUGUAAAAUAUAUUUUAAUUUGAGAAAAUAUUGAAAAUAUUUUGAUUUACGAAAGAGUACAAUUUACCAUUUGA